AUGAACACUCCUGCAGAAGCGGUGUACGCAAAUACGACAAUUGGACGAGAUCCCCGACACGUUAUCGAGGACGUUGUCGAGGAAAACGCUGACGAAUUCAAUCCACACGCUUCCUAUUACGACGGUGGUGAAGACUUUCCCUUAAAGACGGACACUAACUGUGCUCCGGGCGACCAGACGGCCUUAGUUCUCGCGCCGCCCACAAGAUACCACACUAUGGCCGUAAUUCCCGGACGCUGCCUCCGAGGAUGUCUGGACAUAUUCUCAUUCAUCAUCUGUCUCGCACUUAUCAUUAUUCAAUUAGGCUUGAUAGAUUACUACUACCUUACUGUACUAUCGGAUAGAAUAUGGUAUUCGUGGAUUGGCGCCGAUGCGCUUGUCAUCGUUGUCAUGUUGUGGCUGCUUGUACUAGCUCUUAAGUACAAUCAAACUCAAAUGGAGGAAGUCUGUUCUGUCGAUGGAAAAGUGAAAUUUGCCUGGAUCGGAUGGCUUGUCUACUCGUUGGUACUGGUCGGAAAGGUCGCCACCUGUUUCCGCCUAUUCUACACGGAACUACCACCAGGACCACUGGACAACAAUGAUAAGCUUUUCGAUGAUCAUCUAUUCAAACUUGGGCUUUCACUGUCGGUGCUGAUUUUCUUGUUCCUCCUCGAAGCUCAUCACUACACACCAUUGAUGAGCGCUCGCCAACUGUAUAUUACCUACCUGGCCACUGCAAUCUGUCUCGAUCUCGUUGACAACAUUUACUUCCUCGACCUACUCUGGCAGUCUCUCAAAGACGGAUGGAAUCUGCCUAUGUGGCUCGACAUCACCAUACUGACAGUUGCAUGUGUGAACUUCGUUAUGCCUACAUUUGCCCUGUUGAAACUUCGCUUUGGGCGAUUCCCACGAUUACUGUAUAUCAGCGACAAAGUCUGGAGUCUACUCUACGUACUUAUCGUAAAUGGACCAUUCCUCGGACUCCGAAUCUAUCUCUAUAUCCUGCUUGAAGUCCAACAACGAGGCAGACAUUAUGAUCCAAGUCUAUUUGCCGUCAAAAAUAUCGCUAUGAUUUAUUUGGCGAUGAGAGAGCUUUGGACAAGGCUGCAGUAUUGGCGAAUGAAACGACGAGCAACCGGAUCACGUGGCGAACUUACUGGUCAUCAUAAUAACGAUGACGAUCAUUAA